CCAAUUAAAUUAAAUACUUAAUUUUCUGCUUGAUUUUAAACGUCAAUUCUAAUAUGUAAAAGUUUGUACAUGUUAAAAAUAAAAAAUAAAAAGGAAAAUCAAUUACAAUUCCCAUUUUUAAGAUCAAAAGGGGUAAAGCAAUGUCUGGCCAAGUCGACGAGUUGACGAAGACUUUGAAAGCCUAGUCAAGCUCUACUGUAUGCUUUGUGUUGAAAGGUUUCUGCAACGUCUUGACAACGAAGUAAGCUCGGCAUACCUUGUCUGCGAGAAUGGAUCGAAUUGGAAGGCUAUUUAAGGCAGCACAAAUGGGAGACACCGAUGAUCUACAUUCCUUAAUUGAUGAGGAUGAGCUGAUUCUUUCUCGCAGUUCUCUAUCUGACACAGCAGAUACUGCGUUGCACAUUGCAACAUUAGCUGGAAAGCUUAUUUUUGUGGAGGAGGUAAUGGCCCGCAAGUCUGAAGCUGAGAGACCCAAUGCAGAUGGUUUUAGCCCAAUUCAUAUGGCUUCGGCAAAUGGGUAUGCAGAGAUAGUGCGAGUGUUCCUGUCAAGUGACAAGCAAAAGAUGUGUCAUCUCAGAAGUGGAGAUGGAAGAACAGCACUUCAUUUUGCUGUAAUUACAGGGAGUGUUGACGUUAUAAGUGAAUUGAUCGCAGCGGUUCCUGAUUGCAAGAAUGAUUUGACUGCUGAGGGAGAUUCUGUGUUUCACCUUGCAGUGAAGAACUGCCAGUUUGAGGCUUUUCGACGGCUUGUUCUUAUGCUCAAGGAAAUCAACCAACAAGAGAUGAAUGAGAUGCUGAAUGCUCAGGACUGCAAUGGCAACACAAUUCUUCAUCUUGCAACCUCUAAAAAGCAGCACAGAAUUGUUAAAGUCCUGUUGGGUACGGAUGAUGCCAUUGCUAUAGAUAAAGUGGACGUGAACCUCAAGAACAAGAACAAUUUAACUGCGCUUGACAUGUUUGAUUUUCCAGAAAAGUCUACAAGUGAAGCAGAUGCAAAUUGGAAGAGCAUCCGCAGAAUGCUUCAAGAUGCAGGAGCACUUCAAAGCCAAGACAUUGUUAUACUUCAACAUGAGAAUCCUAGUGUAUGUUUCAAUUGUCUUCCUCAGAAGCUGCGAAAGUAUCUCUCGGAACAAGUUUCCUCCUUUCUUACAUGUGAGCUCUGGUUGAAACUAAAAAGGGAAGUAAAAAAUUCACCCUCAGAGAUGCGAAGUGCAGUGAUGGUGGUGGCAGUACUAAUUGCAACUGUCACAUUUCAAGCAGUUUUAAGCCCCCCAGGUGGUUUUCAACAACCCAAUGAUGGCCAACAUUCAAACGGAAUGGCUGCAAUAUCAUCUGAUGUCGUGAUUUUCACUGCCCUUAUGCUUUUGAAUUUGGUCGGAUUCUUUUCAUCCAUUGUUAUGAUUCUAAUGCUCCUAAGUGGAUUUCCUCUGAAGCUUCUGCUCCGGAUUGCUGUCCUAGCCACAACUGGUAGCUUUCUGAUCACUAUAUUUUACAUUGGACCAACUAAACUCAUUGUCCCUUUUACAGUGGCAAUGAUCAUGGCUGCCAUUGUUUUGCUGCAAGUCCUUCUCUUCAUUGUUUGGCUAGGACGUAGAUUUGUAAAUUUUGGCAGUUGUUGUGGUGCUUCUAUAAUAGAAAACAAUGAUGGGGUAUGAGAAACUAAUUGCGUAAACAAUUGGGUUAGUUUCAUAUUAAAUGGAAAAGUUGAUGAACAAUGUUUCAUUAGAUUUUCGAUCAUAUCAACUAGGAGAAUGAACCCUUAAAUCCCCUGAAUCUCGUCAGCCUGUAUUGCUCACUUUGUCCCAUUUUCUAUUUGCUUAAUUUUGAUUUCUUGAAGAUUAUUGCUCCCAUAAGUCCUCUGAAUCUCAUCCCCUGACUCCCCUAAGGCUUUUGCUGCCAGAAUAUGGGCAGCUACAUUACCGUGCCUCCUAACAAAGGAAAAGGCGACGAGAUUACAGGCUAUGGGCUAUGAGAUUUUACAUUUCCAUAUGAGUAGCGAUCAUGAGCUCACUAAGAAGCUACCAAUACCUUGCCAUUUCCAGUUGCUAGAUUUGACACCAACUAAAUGAUUCUCAUAGCUUGUAGCUGUUUAUUUUGGUUUUGUGUAGAAUUCAUAAUAUUAAGAAGAAAUGAGCCUGGAAAAAUUUAAGACUUAGAACAGAAAAAUAAUGAAUAUGAAAACUCCAUACUUAGUGUAAUAACCCGAAAAUCGGACCGUUACCGGCGUUAGGGU